AUGCGAUCCACCUGGCUUUCGACUGCUUCGGCCGUCUUUGUGUGCGCUGCUGCGCUUGCCAACGCCGCCAAGCUGCCUGCUCCUCUCGAGCAGAUCCACUACGACCAGGCUGGCAACCUCAUCUGGAACGAAGACGCCGACGUCUCCACAGUUAUUCCUUCUCUCGGCCGACCUGACUUCAGCGUCCCUUCCCUUGGUCGACCCGACUUCAGCGCUCUUGACAUCAACGACGCCGUCUCUGCCGCUGCCGUUCCUGCCAAGCAGGCUGUUGAAGAUGUUCUCACCGAGUCUAUGAAGCAGGCCGAGGACGUCCUCACUUGGGCUGAGAAUGAGAUCGAGCGCAUCGAGCACAAGAUCCAGGACGCCGUUGCUGGCACCAAGCAGGGCGUCAAGGACUGGAUCCACACGGGCAAGGUCUUUGUCGACGGUCUCGAGUUUGAGCGUCUCACCCACCCUUCCUUCCCCGAGUACUCGCUCCGUCUCAACGCAAAGUCCGAGGCCUUCUGCGACAAGGAUGUCGUUCAACACAGCGGCUACCUCGACAUCUCAGACUCCAAGCACCUCUGGUUUAUCUUCUUUGAGUCGCGAAGCAGCCCCAAGGAUGACCCGGUCGUGCUCUGGCUCAACGGCGGCCCUGGCUGCUCCUCCUCCACCGGCCUCCUCUUUGAGCUUGGUCCUUGCCGUGUCACUGACGAAGGCAAAGCUGUCAAGAACAACCCUCACUCGUGGAACAACAAGGCCAACCUGCUCUUCCUCGACCAGCCCGUCGACGUAGGCUACUCGUACUCGGACAACGACGCCGUCAACAACUCGCCUGCUGCCGCCGAGGAUGUCUAUGCCUUCCUACAGCUGUUUUUCACCAAGUUCCCCCAGUAUUCGAAGCUCCCCUUCACUGCUUCUGGUGAAUCUUACGCCGGCACCUACCUGCCCAACAUUGCUUCCACCAUCUACAAGAACAACAAGAAGCUCUCUCUCGCCCGUUACGCCGACCCUGCUCUGGCUCCCAAGCACAUCAACCUCGACACCGUCAUGAUCGGCAACGGUCUCUCCUCGCCACAGUAUCAGUUCCCCUCGGUGCCCGAGUACGCUUGUGGCGCCGAUAACAAGUACGCUCUCUUUGAGCCCGGCAGCUCCACCUGCACCACGCUCGAGCAACAGGCUUCCACCUGCAAGUCGCUCAUCGAGUCUUGCCAGAAGUACAACUCGCGUCUCACUUGCACUCCUGCCGCGCUCUACUGCUGGAGCCGCCUGUACGGCCCUGCUCAGGAUACGGGCAAGAACCUGUACGACGUGCGCAGGGACUGCGACCGCGAGAGGGACGGUCCGCUCUGCUACAAGGAUAUGGAAUACAUCGAGACGCUCCUCAACACGCCCAGCAUCAAGAAGAACCUCGGCGUGCCCGAGUCGGUCACCUUCCAGUCGUGCAACAUGAACAUCAACCAGGCUUUCUUGCUACAGGGUGACUCGAUGCACGACUCGGCUGCGCUGCUUCCGGAGCUCAUCGAGGACAACAUCCGUGUGCUCAUCUACGCCGGUGAAGCCGAUUUCAUGUGCAACUACAUGGGCAACCUCGAGUGGAUGCAGAACCUCCAGACGAGCUACCUGGACGACUUUAACAACGGCACUGCUCAGGAGUGGUCGGUCAACGGCAAGGCGGCCGGCUUGAUCCGCAAGGGCGGUAAGGGCGCUGGUAACGUUGCCUUUGCUCAGGUGUAUGCUGCUGGCCACAUGGUUCCUUACGAUCAGCCCGAGGCCGCGUCUGAUAUGAUCAACCGCUGGCUCGCUAACAAGCCUUUGGCUUGA